AAAAGAGUACCGGUGUCUUGUGUGCGCGCAACAACCUACUGGCUGUCCUGUUCCUGACUGACUGAUUUUUAAAUUUUUACUGUUUCUCUUUAUUUUUGUCCAUCAUAAAGGACCUAGUAAUCGUUUUUAGUUGAUAGUAGUUUAUUUCGUAUUUUUAGUUUUGCCUUUAGUCCGUGCUCUGUGCGCCGUCGAAACAUUAUGUUUAUCGAAAGGGGGAAACCAGAAGAAAUCCCCAAGGGGGCCAUACGUCUCACAAAAGAGGAGGUCAUAGAAUACAUGACCGACCUGAUACAUAAAUGGCCAAAUACUAUGGAAUUAUGGGCGCUGAAACAUGGUAAUCCAAUUUUAUCAUCAGCUGUUGUUAUAUCGAGUUCGGUCAUUUUAAAUUUUUACCGCAAAAAAUUACAACUUAGAAAUUAUGGACGUUUUACAUUGUUCUUACCAGUUGUUCUUAUCCCGUCAAUUUUUGAUCAAAUAUAUCAAACUUCAAUUACUACUAGAUCAAUAAUUUUGCAAGAAGAUUGUCCUAUUUGCAUUAAUACACAAUCAAUGUUCAUACAAUUGGGCACAGGAGUUGUUUAUCCGUUGAUGAGCACAAUUGGUGGAACAUACAUGUUUGCCCAGAAAAUGAACACGUUUAGUUUGGGAUCCAAAGGACCUGAUAUUAUUAAAGAAUUUGCUCAACAUGUAAUGAAAAUAAGUCGUCCACUAUAUAAUAGACUUACAGUAUUUGUUAUUGGUCAUGUACUAUUAAGUUAUAUGAUAAGUCAUUAUCAAAUGGAAAAUUUUGAAUUUUUAAGGAUUAAAAUGUUGCAACAACAAAAUGAAGACAUAGAAGCAUUACGUAAAAGUAAACAAAUUAGUUAUAAAUAAUGAACCAUUAUGUUACUAGUAGAGUAAUUUAAUUGUAACUAUUAUAUUAUUCUGCUUGGCGAGAGAACAUGCUGAUUGUGCACAUUUCUAUUCUACACUCUGUUAUCAAGAAUGAUUUCAUUAUGACAGGAUGUUAUCUGGGAAUGCGCAGAAGAACUGAUUUUAUUUGGACUUUAGUGUCUUCUCGCUGUGCAGAGUAUUAGAAAUUUAAAAAAUGUAGAAUAUUUUUGCUUAUAAAAGUGUUUUAUGCUCUUUCAUAUAAUAUAACAAUGUUAAAAUUAGUUUCUAUAUUUAUGUGGGGUAAUUGUUUAUUAUUGUGUAACUAUUACAUUCUAACAUAUUGUCUAUAGAAUAUAUAAUAUGUACAUAAAUAAGUAUCUGUUACUGGUUCAGAUUACAUAUUAGUUAUUUGAUCUAAAUGGCUAAAUGUUUAUUUAA